UUACACAUUUCCAUCAAAUUUACAGGCCAGAGUCAAAAUCCCUCGUUAUCUAUUCGCCGUAUUCCUCCCAUUCCCCGGGAGCCUAUAGACCAUAUAUUCCUUCUUCUUCCGCCGCUUCCGCCGCUUCCGCCGCCUGGUUGUUUAGGGCUUCGACGAAUUUUGAGUUUCGCCGGCAGAGUAGACAGAGAAUCUGGUAACCGCUAGUUCUGCCUAGCAAAGGUUGAACGUUUCAUUUAGCAAGGCAAGAAGAUGGUAUCUGGAUUGAUAAAUGCAAAUCCUGUUGUAUACGAAAAGAAAGAACGCCGGGCUCGAAACACUCCAUGUGAUAGUGACGAAUAUGCAGUGGAAUCCAUUGAUCAGUUGGAAAUUUUUGAUCAUAUUAGAGAUAUAAAAGAUCCCGAACACCCUUACUCUUUGGAAGAGCUUAAAGUGAUAACAGAAGAUGCAGUCGAAGUAGAUGACGAGCAUAGUUAUGUGAGGGUUACAUUUACUCCAACAGUUGAACAUUGUAGCAUGGCAACAGUUAUUGGUUUGUGCUUAAGGGUGAAACUCAUGAGGAGCCUACCUUCUCGGUACAAGGUGGACAUUAGGGUAGCUCCAGGAUCUCAUGCUACUGAAGCAGCAGUAAACAAACAACUUAAUGACAAAGAAAGAGUUGCAGCAGCACUGGAGAAUCCAAAUCUAGUAGACAUGGUUGAUGAAUGCUUGGCUCCAUCUUAUAGUUGAUUGAGCUGGGAGCGACAAAUGCAGUGAGAUCAAUAAUCAUCUUAAAAAUCCAUUCUAAUGGUAUAUUUUUGGUCCCUUUUAUGGAUAUAUGUAUUAUAUGAGUUUUUACUAGAACGCACAAUGUUCUGAAAAUUUUCUUGGACAUUUGUUUCACUUAAUCAGUAGGAUACAACCAUACAGAUAUCUCAUUAAAGUGUUAGCUGCACUUGGAUGUCUUGUUAUAUAGGGUUAGUAUUUUUUUAAAAAUUGCAUUGAUCAUUGAAGAAUUUUUCUCA